UCUCUCUGUCUCUUUCUCUCAGAUGAAAUGGGUUCUCUUUGUUCGAGCUCACUUACUGUACUGAGCGCUUCAUUAUGAUUUACCAUGUGGAUUAACAAAACUUGACUAGUUCGAGGAGCUGUGAUUUUCCCAAAAGUUUGUUUCUUUUGUACAUCUUGCUGAUGCUUUUAUGUAGGAUCAGUUCUAGCUGGGUUUUGGGUUUUGGGGUAGUCAGGAUUCUGGGCUUUUCUUCAAGUUCAAUAGUGAAGUGAACUGAAUUCCCUUCAUCUUUGAGUCAAAAAUUUGGAGGUUUGUGUAAGAUUUUGGUGAUUUGUUUAAGGAAAUAUAAUCUGUUUUCUGGGUUUUUUGUUAAAUGAUUAAGAAAAGUGUAAAGAACUAAUUUUUAACUCAGAUGAGCUAACUAGAGGUUUUCUGGGAUCUUUGGAGCCAUUAAAGAAUUACUUUGACUGCUUACUUUUAUAAAUUUUUAAACAAGUUUGAGUUUUUAUAUUUUAUCUUACUGAUAAAAAAGACUCCAGUAUUUUAAUGAAAGAUUUUAUUCUGUGUAAUUUAGAAACUGUUGAAGGGAAUAUGAUUUCUUUUCUCCCACUAUAAGUUGUACUGGGAUUGUCUUAUAGUGGGUUUUGGUUGGGCUUUUACGUCUUCCAACCAAUGUUGCCAUUUCUAUUUAUAUACACUGACAUCUAAUUUUCUUCUUCUUCUGGUCCUCUUAACCCAGCACUCACAAAUAAGACACUGUGUGGAAGCUAGCGAUAAUGUCCAUGUUCUUGAAGCUUUGGAGCGUUUCUGAAUAACACAAAAGAGCCCAAUUCUUUACCAUGCCUUUAUCGGAGCUGUAUCGAAUGGCCAGAGGGAGGAGUGAUUCGAAUCCAGAUUUCGAACCUGUGAAUGAUUUUGUUGAACUGGUAUGGGAAAAUGGGCAGAUUAUGAUGCAAGGUCAAUCCAGUAGAGCUAGAAAGAGUCCAACUUUUAACAGCUUACCAUCUCACACCCCCAAGAAUCGAGAUAGAGAUUUAGGAAAUGGAACCAAUGGGAAGAUGGGGAAAUUUGGGUCAGUGGACUCUGUGAUGGAUGAAAUUGCAUUGUCGGUGCCAUCUGUUGAAAUGGGUUUGAGUGACGAUGAUGACAUGUUGCCUUGGUUGAAUUAUGCCCUUGAUCAACCUUUACAACAUGAAUAUAGCCAUGAUUUUAUGCCUGAAAUAUCUGGUGUCAAUGCAAAUGAGAUUUCCACCAAUGGCAAUCUCGCAUCAAUCGAGAAAAGGAGUAGUUCUAGUCAGAUAUAUAGGGAGUGCAGCCCCAAUUCUACCCAUGGAGGUGCUCUUUUGGAACAAAGGAAUGUAUCAAAACUUUCUUCAAUAAGUGCUGCUGAGGUUAGCAGACCUAGAGCUAGUACUACUCACUUAUACCAGAUGUCAUCACAGCAAUCCCAAGCAUCAAUUCCAUCUUUUAGAUCAAUCGCUUCGGAUAUGGUUGCUGUUAACACAAGUAGUGCCGACCAUCAUGCUGUUUGCAAGAAUUCAAUUCAGGCUUCACCUGCAGGUGGUUUUCCUGGCAUAACAACGCAGAAGCAAAAUCCGCCGACUCCUAGUAAUAAUAAUUCAACCAUAGUGAACUUUUCCCAUUUCUCACGACCUGCUACUCUUGCAAAAGCCAAUCUUCACAAUAAUGGUGCAACGUCUAGCUCGAGUUUAGUAAGGGUGGAAAAGAUUGGAAAUAAGGAUAAGGUUUCAGUUGCAACUAGUAGCAAUCCUCCUGAGUCGAUACUAAUCGAAUCAAGCUGCAGUUUACUGAAGGAGUCAACUUCACAGUGCCAAGAUGUUAUGGCCCCCUCCAGUGUUGAUAUGAAACCAACCACAUCUAAGUCUCUUGAGGAACCACGUACUACUAAACAGUCUGAGGCUGCAUAUCAAGAGGAUGCCUCUAAGAAUGAUGACACAAACUCCAAUCAUAUUCCUUGUGAAAGCGCAAUUAGGGCACUUCCAGAUGCUGAAAAAACUACAGAGCCUGUGGUUGCUUCUUCUGUUUGCUCAGGCAAUAGUGUGGAGAAAGCUUCAGAUGAUCCAGCUCGUGCGUUGAAGAGAAAAUCUCGUGAUACUGAUGACUCUGAAUGCCAUAGUGAAGAUGUAGAGGAAGAAUCUGUGCGCGUGAAAAAGGUAGCUCACGGUCGAGGUACAGGUUCCAAGAGAAGCAGAGCUGCAGAAGUGCAUAACUUAUCAGAAAGGAGGCGAAGGGAUAGAAUCAAUGAAAAGAUGCGGGCGCUUCAAGAGCUCAUACCCAAUUGCAAUAAGAGUACAGAUUAUAUAACUUCGUGUUUGUCAUGGAAGUUUAAAUAUAAGUUGAUGUCUUCUGUAAUUUGGUUAUGCAAGGUGGACAAAGCUUCAAUGCUUGAUGAGGCCAUUGAGUAUUUGAAGACACUUCAACUCCAAGUACAGAUUAUGUCAAUGGGAGCUGGUUUGUAUAUGCCACAAAUGAUGUUACCACCAGGAAUGCAACACAUGCAUGCACCCCGUAUGGCUCAUUUCUCGCACAUGGGUGUUGGAAUGGGAAUGGGAUUGGGCAUGGGUUUUGGGAUGGGUAUGCCUGACAUGAAUGGUGGAUCUUCUGGUUACCCUAUGCUUCAGGUGCCUCCUAUGCAAGGUGCACAUUUUCCUGGUUCACCAAUGUCAGGGCAUACUGCGUUCAAUGGGAUGGUAGGAGCUAACCUUCAGAUGUUUGGGCUUCCUGGUCAAGGAGUUCCCAUACCGAUGCAACGCGCACCCUUAGUUCCUGUAUCUGGAGGGCCCUUUAUGAAGUCAGCUGUACGACCGAAUGGUUGUGGUGCAGGAGGUCCUGUAGAACCAGCUCAAGCUUCUAGUUCAAAAGAUUCAGUGCAGAACAUGAACUCUCAAGUGAUGCAAAACACCAACACCAAUAGCUCCAUGAAUCAGACUUCUAAUCAGUGCCAGACAACAAAUGAGGUAUUUGGACAGUCUGCAUUUGUGCAAAAUAAUGUUCAAGCGUCGGAUGUUAGUACCAGUGGAGCUAACAGAUCUACUAACGGAAAAGACCAAGUGCUUAGUAGACCAGCUAGUUAUGACUAACAAGCAGUUCAAAGUACAUGAAAAAGGUACCUCUGAGUCGAUGAGGUUGAACCUUUACAAUAACCAUCUGAAUUCUUAUUUCAGGAGUACAAUCACAUAUUGCACAGAUUUUGGUACCUUGAGAAGAUUUGAAUUCCUUCUAGCAUUUGUACAUUCACUUUGUAACUGGUGAGGUAAUGCAAUGUCAAGAGUCGAGUAUACCACAAAUAUGUAUCAGAUUUGUGUUUUGGCCAUUUUUAUAACAAUUCUUUGAAUUAGUGAAAUGAUUAGUGGUGCCGUAUAGCAUUUCUGUGUA